UGUCAGAAAUGCAUUAAAGAUGGCAGUUGCAUUACUGUUUUCAAAAAUAUAACUCACGUGUACAAAAGAUUUGUGUACAGUUAACGAACCUAUUCUUCGUCAUCGCGUAGAGUAUCAACAACUUAUAUAAUUAUCUGUAGAAAUAUUUUUUUUAUAUUUAAUUCAACCGUGGAAAACAUUUUCCUUUCAUCUCACCAGUGACUUGCGAUUUUGUUGUAGCUCCAUAAGACCAAAUAAAGAUGGGUCAGAAUCAUUCAGGUACUGGUGGCGGGCGUAAAAAAAAGGAUGGUAAUGAUAAAAAGAAAAAGUAUGAACCACCAAUCCCAACGCGAGUUGGUAACCUAAAACGUCGCCGUCCAAAAGGCCCAGACACUGCUGUGAAAUUACCUCAAGUUAAACCUCAUACUAGAUGCAAGUUGAAGUUAUUAAAGUUGGAUAGAAUAAAGGAUUAUUUGCUGAUGGAAGAAGAAUUUAUAAAGAACCAGGAGAGAUUGAAGCCUACUGAAGAAAAAGAUGAAGAAGAUUUAUCUAAAGUUGAGAUUUUAAGAGGAUCACCGAUGAAUGUUGGAACAUUGGAAGAGGUGAUCGAUGACAAUCAUGCGAUUGUAUCAACUUCUUUGGGUUCUAAAUACUAUAUAUCAAUUCUUUCUUUUGUGGACAAAAAUCAACUGGAACCUGGAUGUCACGUUCUGCUGAAUCACAGAAAUCAUUCAGUUGUUGGUGUCCUAGAUGACACCACAGACCCGAUGGUUACAGUUAUGAAGUUGCAAAAUGCACCUCCAGAGACUUAUGCUGACAUUGGAGGUCUAGAAGAACAAAUUCGAGAGAUCAAGGAAUCAGUGGAGUUACCGUUGACCCAUCCAGAAUAUUAUGAAGAAAUGGGUAUUAAACCACCAAAAGGUGUAAUUUUAUACGGCGAACCUGGAACUGGAAAGACUUUACUAGCCAAGGCUGUGGCAAAUCAAACCUCUGCAACUUUUUUACGUGUCGUUGGCUCUGAACUGAUUCAAAAAUACCUUGGAGAUGGUCCCAAACUCGUUCGUGAGCUCUUCAGGGUAGCAGAAGAACAUGCACCGUCGAUUGUCUUCAUUGAUGAAAUAGAUGCUGUGGGGACCAAGCGAUAUGACAGUAACAGCGGUGGUGAAAGAGAAAUUCAAAGAACUAUGUUGGAGUUAUUGAAUCAACUUGAUGGAUUCGAUAGCCGUGGGGAUGUUAAAGUAAUUAUGGCAACUAACAGAAUUGAAUCUCUGGAUCCAGCUUUAAUCCGUCCAGGUCGUAUUGACCGCAAAAUAGAAUUCACGCUUCCUGAUGAGAACACUAAGAGACGCAUUUUCAACAUCCACACCAGCAAGAUGACCUUAGCACCAGAUGUCAAUCUCAAUGACCUCAUUAUGUCUAAAGAGGAUCUAUCAGGAGCUGAUAUCAAAGCAAUAUGUACUGAGGCUGGUUUAAUGGCGCUUCGUGAGCGUCGUAUGAAAAUUACCAAUGAAGACUUUAAAAAAUCCAAAGAAAAUGUUCUUUAUAAGAAGAAAGAAGGUUCACCAGAAGGCCUUUACUUAUAAACAAUUUUAGUGCAGUAUUUUUUAUUAAUAAUUUUGGAUAUGAGCUUUAUCGUAUUUGAAUAAUUAUAAAAUACAUUAGAUUUUCAUCAUUAA